CUCAUUGGUACGAACCGAGGUUCAAACCCGCGAUCUCUGGAUUGAAAGCCAGAAAAACCAACGCUUCUCGCUGAAUAAAUCUCCCUGAAUGUAUUUAAUUAAAAUUAUAUUUAGGCCAACAGACUGGAGCAGUUUUGGACCCUGGCUACGAAUAUAUUGAAGGAGCGAGCACGUGGCUGCGCCUGCACAUCUCGCCUGCUCAAUGGCAGGAGGCGUUCGUGCGCUGCAAGCUGGAAGGUGGUAUAUUAGCUUCCCCUUCCACCACGACUCUGGCGAAAGCGAUGCUGUCCGCAAUGGCAUCAUACAACAAUGUGCUGUCAGAUGGAGUAUGGACGGGCAUACACGACCUGGUCUCUGAGGGUGACUUCAUGUCGCUUGAUGGUGUAUCAGCCUCCGAGAUGCCGUUGGAGUGGGUCCGUGGUGAACCGAGCGAUAAAGGUGACCAUGAGAACUGUGUGAAACUAGCCGAUUCGGGCCAAGUGGCUGAUGUGCGCUGCAUCAAUAGAUACCCCUACUUCUGCCGUAAGGAAAACGCCUCGAUGAUCGUUAACAAAGAUUGUCACACGACUGCUGAUGGUUACCAAUACAACGCUCGUACCGGCAGCUGUUACAAGUUCCACCCAGUCGCUCAACCCUGGCACCGAGCUGCUAGAAUAUGCCACGCCGAAGGAGGCCACCUAGCUAUCGUGAACAGCCAAAUCGAAUCGGAACAGCUUAGAGAAAUCUACGAGAAAUACCCGCCACACACACUGUCUGGGGCAGACUUUGAUUAUGUGGCUUUUAUUGGUGUUUGGAAGUGGAAUGAUGACCGCGGAAAUUGGAUGACUAUUUAUGGUAAAUAUUAUAGGAGUAGUAACUCUAAGAAAAGGUUAAAAGGUCACCUAGCUAUCGUGAACAGCCAAAUCGAAUCGGAACAACUUAGAGAAAUCUACGAGAAAUACCCGCCACACACACUGUCUGGGGCAGAUUUUGAUUGUGUGGCUUUUAUUGGUGUUUGGAAGUGGAAUGAUGACCGCGGGAAUUGGAUGACUAUUUAUGGUCAAACGCUUGAAGAAGCUGGUUUUGCGGUGUGGGGAGAGAACCAACCGAACAACAACGGCGGGAAGCAGACCUGUUGCUCCAUAGAGAGAGAUGGCACUCUAAACGAUGCCCAGCCUGCCAUUAACUUAGCGUUUUUUUGUGAAAUUACUCCUUAACUUCACUUGAUUCUCUCUAUUAAUCUUGAAUGAUUUAGACUCGUGUACGACUUUAGUCACAUAACGGAUGGAGGUUAAUUAAUAUUCCCAAUAGGCGAGACGACUAAUAAAACUAAUUAGACCGUCAGUUAGAUUAUCAAAGAAUUUU